CGCGCACCGUAAGACCUACCCUGGGCUUCUCUCGGGCUCGCGUCCUGACCCGCGCGACGGGCCGCUCAGCCACGCGGGCGCCAUGGCCCUCCCGCGGUCCCAGGCCCGCGGCUGGGUGAAGGCCGCCAAGAUGGCUCAGAGGCGCCGCCGCGCGGAGGACGCGGGAAGACCCCGGAGUCCGGCGCCCGGGAGCCAGCGCGCCGCGCUUUACGUCCACUGGCCCUACUGCGAGAAGCGCUGUAGUUACUGCAACUUCAACAAGUACAUCCCCCGUGGUGUGGACGAGGCUGCUCUGAGGCGCUGUCUGGUGACCGAGGCUCAGACGCUGCUGAGACUCAGCGGAGUGCGACGAGUGGAGUCUGUGUUCUUCGGUGGGGGUACCCCCAGUCUGGCCAGCCCCCAUACUGUGGCAGCUGUCCUGGAGGCAGUGGCCCAGGCAACUCACCUGCCUGCAGACUCUGAAGUCACACUGGAGGCCAACCCCACUUCGGCCUCAGGCUCCAGGCUGGCAGCAUUUGGGGCAGCAGGAGUCAACAGGUUGUCCAUUGGCCUCCAGUCUCUAGAUGACACUGAGCUCCAGCUGCUGGGGAGGACACACUCGGCCAGGGACGCUUUGCAGACCCUGGCGGAGGCCCAGCGCCUCUUCCCAGGGCGUGUUUCUGUGGACCUGAUGCUAGGGCUGCCGGUACAGCAGGUGGGGCCGUGGCUCAGGCAGCUGCAGGAACUGCUGCGCUGCUGUGAUGACCACGUGUCCCUCUACCAGCUGUCCCUGGAGCGGGGCACCGCACUCUUCACCCAGGUGCAGCAGGGUGCCCUUCCUGCCCCAGACCCCGAACUGGCCGCUGAGAUGUACCAGGAGGGACGGGCAGUCCUGCGGGAGGCUGGCUUUCGCCAGUAUGAGGUCUCCAACUUUGCCCGGAAUGGGGCGCUUAGUAUCCACAAUUGGACUUACUGGCAGUGUGGUCAGUACCUUGGCGUUGGGCCUGGGGCCCAUGGGCGAUUUAUACCCCAGGGGGCCGGGGGCCACACCCGAGAGGCUCGGAUCCAGACCCUAGAACCUGACAGCUGGAUGAAGGAGGUGAUGCUGUUUGGUCACGGCACCCGGAGGCGCAUCCCCCUGAGUGAGCUGGAGCUGCUGGAGGAAGUUUUGGCCAUGGGGCUGCGCACAGACGUGGGCAUCACUCACCAGCACUGGCAGCAGUUUGAGCCCCCGCUGACCCUGUGGGACCUGUUUGGAGCCAGCAAGGAGGUGAAGGAGCUACAGGAGCAGGGCCUGUUGCUGCUGGAUCACAGGGGUCUUCGGUGUUCCUGGGAGGGGCUGGCUGUGCUGGACUCUCUGUUGCUGUCCCUUCUAUCUCGGCUCCAAGAGGCCUGGCAGCAGAGAACCCCCUCUUCCGUGCCCAGAGGAUAGCCCCCGGAGGAGAGCCACAUGUUCUGCAGCCGGGACUCUGCAGGCUUAAAGCUGGCGUCUCUGCCUUGGUGCUUGGUCUCAGUUUCUGUGUUUUCCCUGCUGGAGAACCCACGUGUCCCAUCUGUGAGAGACCAUCCACUUCCUGGAAAGGAACUGCAUCCUGCAAAGAAAGGACUUUUAAGUAAUGGGAUUGCUGUAAACUGAAUGUUCGUGUUCCUCCCGAAUUCAUGCGUGGAAACUUCAUCCCUGGAGGCAUGGUCUUCAGGGACGGCGCUUUGGGAGGUAAUUAGGUCAUGAGGAUAGAGCCCUCAUGAAAGGGAUUAAUGUGCUUAUGAAAGAGAGCUCCCUGGCCUCUUCCACCAUGCGAUGACAUGGAGGGAAGACAGAUGGCUAUGUACCAGGAAUCGAGCCCUCACCAAAUCUCCUGGCACCUUGAUCUUGGACUUCCCAGCCUUCAGAACUGUGAGAAAUAAACGUUUGUUCUC